CUGCGUUACAAAUGUCCGCUAUGCCUCGCCGGACAUCAUACUCAGAGUUUAGCAUUUUGGGCGACGAGCUCGAGAAGAACCGCAUUGAGCUUGAGCACAACCUACAGCGAACCGACCUCUCCCUCCACCUCUCAUCCCAUGAUGAACCUACCUACGACUCGAUCGAGUACCCUAGACACGUAUCCGAACCGUCCCAACAGUUCUCUGGCUUUCCAUCCUAUGACCACCAUUCAAGAGACAGUCACCAUGGCUGGUCAUACCACAACGAUGAUGACGGCGUGAACCCGUACGCGGCUGAGACAAUGUCUACCUUUGGACAUCACGCGAGCGCAGUCACCAUUGGGGCUGGUCUUGGUGGUCGAGGAUCCCGGCGGGAGAUUAGCAUUUCUGGAGCGGAAUACGACCCAGAACGUCCAGUGCAGGACAUGAUCGCCGGUUUUAGAAAUCAGACUGGCAUGGUUGACGCGCAAGAAUACACCAAAUCCAACAUACAGAUAGCCACUGGCUUUGACCCAAGGGCUGGCGACGUCGCUGAUGACGUCGCGCCGUUCAGCCUAGCCAGCCGCUCUGCUGCAUCUAUCGCCACGCGCCUUCGUUCCCCCGCUCAAUCAGAAGCAUCGGACAGCGACUCGGACAAAUCUCCAGGAAAGUCGCGGCCAAAGCUCUCCCAGACCCUCCAGCGGGUCGGCUUUUCGCCUAAACGUCCCCGAGGCACACAAUCUCAGACGAACCAGCCACUUGCCUCUCAAUCAAAGCAAGGCCCAUCUUCUCACAAUCGUAGAAACAAGGAAACUGCUACUCAGCCUCGAACAACUGAUGCGUUACCUGAACAUCCCAUUCCUAGGCACCGUCAACCUGAAGUCAUGGUUCAACCACCAACACCAUCUGCUACAAACUCGGCGGGGUCAAGAUUCACUAACAUGGCUAAAGGUUUGGCCAAGGACGUUCGCAGUGAGCAUGAGCGAUGGCGGUUAGAAGCUGAGCGAGAACUGGCCCAAGCCGCGAAGGACCGUGCACGCUCUAUGAAGGACAUAUCACAAAGAAACAUCUGUUUACCUGACGUUACUGGGCUCACCAGCGCAGUCAUUUCUCCCGCAAAACAUACUCUUGGACGAUACGCUAUCAAGAAUUCAAUACGUCACAGAGAUUUAGAAGCCCAACUCGUGCAGUCAUUGAACAACCUUCAGUCUAAACUUUCUCAUUUGGAGGGUGAGAACGUAGAGGCACGGAAACGAGUACGGGACCUUGAGGACGAGUUAGAGCACUGCAAACGAGACGUUGCUCGAGAACGAGAGCGUGAACGGACCCGGGUGGAUCGUCGCAAUGCCAGUGCUGGUCCAUCUGGACUUGGCAAAGUAAGCAGGCAGCCCAUUAUUCCAGAAGCUCAAGAAAUAUCCCGAUAUGAAGAGGCUCUGGAGGAGAAGCAAGCUUUGGAAUCCCUCACUGGUUCUCUGCGCACGCAUCUUUCCAGGGUCACUGAAGAACUUGCUUCUCAACGACAGCUCUUGACCGAGCUUCGUGUACUCCGUGAUGCCGAUGCUCAGGCACUUUUCCAGAAGUCACAGGAAAUCGAGGCCCUAAGAUCCGAGGUUGAACGGCUGGCGGGAGAAAUCGAGGUUCUGAAAGGUGUUGUCGAAGAUGGUCUUAAUGAGCGCCGCUCGUUCAUUGCUACCAAAACACCCGUUGAACAAACGAACAAACUCAACCGCGGUGAUCGGAACAAACAACCCAUGGUGGAAGAUGCUAGUCUCUCGCUCAAUGACUAUUCGCUACCCCCUCGUCCGGUUGCCCCCGGAAAUCGACGCGCUCCAGAUGUCACAGCCUCCGAGCUGCAUGCAGCCUCCGAGCCUACAACACGUCCUUUUAUCGAUGCCGAGGAAAUGGAGCGCAUCUCAGUCGAGCUCUCAGAGCGUCGCUCUGAACGUUCUUCAUCCAGCAUUGGAAGUCCUACUCAAUCACCUCACGCUAUAUCUCGAGCUGGCUCUCGGGCAGGUUCACGCGCUAGCGUCCGACCGUCGUCACAGUUAGAUGCGGAACACGACAGCGACGUUGAUGGGAUGUCCCUUGAAAAUGAGCCGGCUCAUCGUCAAGGAUCGACUUCUCGUAGCCAUACUCAUCGCUCGAGUCGCGACACCCAAGAACCAGCUGCGACCACCUCUGCCGUUACUCAGGACCAAAGGCGCGUUUCGCACAAAUACUCUAAAGGUCACGACAGGGCUGGUAUACACGGCACGAAACACACUCACCAUCACCACCACCGGGAGGGCCCCACGGCUUUCCCAUCGAUACGCGGUGGCCAGGUGGAGCGCCUGUUCUUCUCAGCGCCUGAGCACAACAUGAAGACAUGCCGUAUGUGCCACAGACGACGAUCCUCCCGUAAACGCCAAGAUACUCCAGCCCACCCGAGGAAUGAUGAUGAGGGCUUCGAUGAGGAGACUGACGAGGAAACUGGUGGCCGUUCUUUUGCUCCCGGUCUGGAACCGUCAACAUAUGAGGAAGUAAUGUCGUGCGACGAAAUACCUCCGCAGACUGUGUUAACUCGCGUACUGGGGGAGCUCGAAGACGAGUUCUCUCAUUACAAGGGUGUAUACAUUGAGCUUGCGGAUGAGUACAAGGGUAUGUCUCCGAUGAUCAAUGUGGCGAGGCGAAACAUCGUUGCUCGUCACUUACAAGAUGUGAUCGACAUGAUGGAACAAAAGGGAAACCAAAUUGUCUCCUUGAGCGGAUUGUUGGAGUUCAAAGAUAAGCCCGAGUCCGGGAGGACUUCACAGCAUCAACGUGUUCGCUUCUCUCGUAUACCCUCGGAGUCCCGGUGACAUACAGCUUUUUUUGCGGCCAAUUUUUCUUUCUCCUACUAAUCUCGACUAUCAUUGAACUUUUACACAAUCCACAGCAAGUCAUUUAGUACUACAAUGUACCUACUAUAUUUAUGGUUCCUUGCAUCAUACCGGCAUUAGCUUACCUACUUUUGAACUCGCUAAAGUACUACAUCCUUGGGAAUAACAUCCUCAAAUUACC